AUGGAUCCGGACAGAUCCAAAUUCGCAAUACAUGCGGCAGCUCGGGAGGGAAAGGUCACCGUUGUUGAGUCGCUCUUGAACGCCGACCCAAAGCAGGCGCGGCACAAGGAUGACGAUGGACGGCUUCCUAUCCACUGGGCCGCAUCGUCAAAUCAACCCGAGAUUGUCCAAUUGCUUGCACAGCAGAAGCAAUUUGACCCGGACGUCGAGGAUGACAGCGGUUGGACACCGCUAAUGAUCGCCGCCAGCGUCAAGGACGCAGAGAAACUAGUGGCCAUGCUCCUGGGUUGGGGAGCAGAUGUGAACCAGACGAAUAAUAGCGGGCAGACUGCGUUGCAUUUCGUAUCUUCCAAGAACAACAUCGAUGUAGCCCAUAUGCUAUUUGACGCCAAACCGCCAGCCUCGGCCAGAGUAAGAGAUAAACGCGGCCAAUAUCCUUUGCACCGUGCUGCUGCCGUGGGAUCGGUUCCGAUGAUCAACCUUCUGACGAAGAACAAGUCACCCUUGAACGCCACGGAUAGCGCAGGCUACACAGCUCUGCACCAUGCAAUUGCAGAAGGUCAUGGUGCUGCUGCAGUGGCGCUGAUCAAGGCUGGAGCCGAAACCGACAAGAAGGACGCGGAUGGGUUCUUGGCCUUGGACCUGGCCCCUGACAAGGAAGUGCGCAAGUACAUCGAGAGGGAGGCAGAGAAUGAGGGCAUUGACUUGUAG